ACAGGAAGAAGGGAGUGAAAAAGGAGGGCAGAAAGAAGAGAGAAUGCAUGGACAAUGCAAAAACAUGUCCUCUGAUUCAGUCUUUAUCAAUAUUUGCGAACAAUUGUUUUGUACUUUUUGAUAGCGACUCCAGUUGGGUUCGGCGCGAACAGGUGCGAUAAUUCGACAAUUCCUGACAGGCUCGCUCGAACCGAAAGACGCCAGACUUGCCGCUGUCUACUACGACGCCAUUGAUUUGCUUCAAAAAUUCAAAUCGUGUUGGAUUUACCUCAAGUUUUUUUUUGACUCAAGUCCACCCCCGGGAAGAAAAAAAAUGGUCCAAAAAGAUAAGACACUGGAAACUACUCCGGUGGAGGCCGAACCGAGCCCGAGCCCCAUUUCGGGAGACGCGUGCGCUGCGGCCCCCGGCCUGGUGGAGGACUCCGGCAUCGGCGUGGAAACGACGGGCCACAGAAAAUUCAUCAGUGGAGUGGUGGAAGGUUUCUAUGGACGACCGUGGACAAUGGAACAGAGGAAAGAAUUGUUCCGGAGGCAGCAGAAAUGGGGAUUGAAUACGUACCUUUAUGCGCCCAAAGAUGACUACAAACACAGAAUGUUCUGGAGGGAGUUGUACUCAGUGGAGGAAGCAGAACAACUGAUGACCCUAAUUGGUGCGGCCAAAGAGCACGAGACUGAAUUUAUUUAUGCCAUUUCCCCUGGGCUCGACAUCACCUUUUCCAAUCAGAAGGAAGUUACUGCACUCAAGAGGAAACUGGACCAGGUGACUCAUUUUGGGUGCAAGUCAUUUGCCUUACUCUUUGACGACAUCGACCACAACAUGUGCCCCGCCGACAAGGAGGUGUUCAGCUCCUUUGCGCACGCUCAAGUUUCCAUCACCAAUGAAAUCUACCAGUACCUAGCAGAACCUGAAACCUUCCUUUUCUGUCCCACAGAGUACUGUGGAACCUUCUGUUACCCAAAUGUCCCUCAGUCUCCUUAUCUGCACACAGUAGGGGAGAAGCUGCUGCCUGGCAUUGACAUUCUUUGGACAGGACCCAAGGUAGUGUCCAAAGACAUCACAGUGGAAUCUAUAGAGGAAGUAUCAAAGAUUCUAAGAAGAGCACCGGUGAUCUGGGACAACAUCCACGCUAACGACUACGACCAAAAGAGGCUUUUCUUGGGUCCUUACAAGGGUCGCUCCACAGAGCUCAUCCCCAGAUUAAAGGGAGUCCUCACAAACCCCAACUGCGAGUUUGAGUCAAACUUUGUUGCAAUCCACACGCUGGCCACCUGGUAUAAGUCGAACAUGAACGGUGUGCGCAAGGAUGUGGUCAUGGGUGCGUAUGACCAGAAAUCGGAUGGCGAGGACAGCACCAUUUCCAUUCAGAUUAAGUUGGAGAAUGAGGGCAGUGAUGAAGAACUGGAGACGGACAUGCUGUACAGCCCUCAGCUUGCUCUCAAGCUGGCUCUUACUGAGUGGCUUGGAGAAUUUGGCGUGCCUCAUCAGUACAACAGCCGACAGGUGCCUCACAGUGGUCCCAAAAGUACAGCCAUUGACAUCUCAUCCAUGGCCGCUCCGUCUCUUUGUCCCACUACCACGGUGACCACUGUGUUCCAGCAGCCUAUAAUGUCUCCGGCCAUGCCCCCUCACUGCCUGGAACCACACCUUAUGGCAAAAACACAGCAGGAAGAGGAGGUGGAGGUGGAAGUGGAGAAGAAGGAUUCAGAUGAGGAGCCCAUGGAAAUGGUGGUCGAGAAGCCGGAUGAGCCCGAUGCAGAUGAAGCGGACGCAGAAGAGAAACAUGAGGGUCCUGUUUUGACGGACAAGAUGGCAGAAGACCUCAAGCCCAUGGAUACAGACAAGGAGAGCUUGGGCGAGUCCAAAUCUUCAGAAGAGUCCAUACAAGAAGACUCUGGGAGUGAUAUUGCCCCCAUGCAGACAGACGAUCAACUCAAACAGGAGAUGUUUGUGCCCGGUCCCAAUGAGAAGCCGCUGUUCACAGUGGAACCACUCUCCAUCGACGACCUAAGCCUGCUGGCAGAACUCUUCUACCUGCCUUACGAGCACGGCCCCAAGGCCUUGCAGAUGCUGAAGGAGUUCAACUGGCUGAGAGCCAACAGCAGCGUCGUCAGCGUCAACUGUAAGAGAAAAGAAACCGACAAGGUUGCAGAAUGGCAGUUGAGGGCGGAGAAAUUUGAGGACAUGUGCUGCUCGGUUAUCCAGAUGUUCACGCGUUUGUCCAAUACAGCCAACCGCACGAUCCUGUACGACCUCUACCCUUACAUCUGGGACAUCAAGAGCAUCAUUUCUAUGGUCAAGUCCUUUGUCCAAUGGCUAGGGUGUCGUAGUCAGUCCUCAGCACAAUUCCCUAAAGGAGACCAAGAACCGUGGGCCUUUAGGGGAGGUCUAGCAGGAGAGUUCCAGAGAUUGUUGCCAAUUGAUGGUGCAAACGAUCUUUUCUACCAGCCACCCCCCUCAAUGCCAACCUCCAAAAUCUAUUCCAUGAGGCCGUACUUUGCCAAAGAUGAGGCUUCGGUUUAUAAGAUAUGUAAAGAAAUGUACUAUGAAGAAAUGGAGGAUGCUCCUUCCCCGGACCAGGAUUCUGACCUGAUUGGUGACAAGUUGGUUGGAGGUCUUCUAUCUUUGAGCCCAGACUACGGCUUUGUCCUUGAAGACGAUGAAGGUAUUUGCGGCUACGCUGUGGGCACUGUGGACGUCAAGCCCUUCAUCAAGAAAUGCCAGAUGAGCUGGAUUCCUUUUAUGCAAGAAAAGUACCAUAAACCGGAUGAUCAAAAGGACCUCACAGAGGCCGAGAAAAUGAUUUUGAGUUUCCACGAGGAAGAGGAAGGGCUCCCUGAUUCCUUCCUGUCCAACUUCCCCUCCCUCAUCAAGGUCGACAUUCAUGCUAAAGUCACUGAUCCCAGUGUGGCCAAAAGCAUGAUGGGAUGUCUGUUAUCUUCCCUGAAAGCUAACGGUUCUCAUGGUGCAUUCUGUAAGGUCCGGCAGACCGACAAGAGAAUGUUGGACUUUUAUGGUAAGCUCGGAUGCUUUGAGGUGGCCAAGAUGGAGGGCUUUCCCAAAGAUAUCAUCAUUAUGGGGCGGAGCUUAUGAGGCAACGCUCACAGGCUGAGAGAGAGAGAGAGACAGCAAGCUCCAGUCAGCACAGCACCUUCAUGAGACACAACUUCCAUGAUGGUUUUAAUGCUACAUGACUGCCCGUGCUAGCCCAGAGCCACUUGUUUGUUUUUUUUACGCACUCUGAAUCCAACGUAAAAAGGGCCGAGGUGUAGUCAGUGGAGAGGAGCCGACAGCGCUCCGUAAUUUAUGCCUGGAGCCCUCUCAACUCAUAUACCUCCUUGGGACGCAAGCAAACAAACUGUCCAUACCUGCCUGUUUGUUAAUUGAAUCCAGAAGACAUGGCAGAGAUAACACCCACACGCCCUCCUUGCCUGAAGAGUCGAGAUCCCAAUUAGAGUCAGAGCUGUGAAAUGAGGGCAGUCUGUGCACUUUUGACAAAGAAGAAGUAACACAGUGUGACACCUUUUAUUUAGGAUGUCACAUUAGUGCCUCCUUGUCUCUGCACCACAGUUGUGGCUGUGUCUCGCAGGGGAAAAAGUGGUGCUGAGUCGAUAGACAAUAGACAUGCACAAUUUUACCUUCUUACAUGAUCAUUGCACGCUACGAUAGAUUUUUUUUUAUAUAUAUAUAUACCAGUAUAUACGAUGUUUGUUCGUUUUGAAAGCAAUAGAGAAGCGCUAAUUUAUGCUCAACGCUCUGCUUUGGAUAAUUUCCCUUUGCCUUUUGGUUGUUUGCCUUCUAACACAGACCUCAGUGUCUUUGGCGUCACCACCUUCUAAUGUGUCUCAUACAAGAGGGGUGUGGUGAUUUCGGACAUUAUGUAGCUGAAAUUGUCUGAGAAGGUCUGGUACAGUUAUUUUCCCCCAAUGGUGUAUUAAUCAAAAGUGUCAAAUUUGUCGUGGGACCAAAACUUCUUUUUCAGCGUCCACAUUCGCAAGACUCGCUGUUUCUAUCCGCAUUCGAUGUAGACAUCAGCAGGUAAUCUAGAUUUCACACACGCUUCCAUCCUCUUGAUUUGCCUCCUCCUUGCACUGCUGCCACUUGUCUUUAGAAUGAAUGUCUUUGCAGCAGAGCACCAUUAGGAUCACUCUGCUUUUGUUUGUUCGUGUCACCAGUGGGCACUUUCCCCUGUCUAAUUCAUGCAGAAUGUUGUUCCUCCUGUCAAACAUACAUCGUGAUUAAACAAGCACUUUGACUACAGAUUUGGUGGGGUGGAGCUAUAAUCAGUGGCUCUUUACCCUGCCAAUGAUAUUCGUGUUACUAAUUACAUUCAUCGUGUGCAUAUGAGGUGUACUGGAUUGGCUGUGUCAUCAGAAUAAUCUCAUUUUAAGGCACAAGAGGAAGACGCAUGCCACUCUGUUACUGUAGACAGUUAUUACUGUCAAAUAUAAAGUAUUGUUAUUAUUUUGUAUAUCCUUACUGAAAUUGUGUCAUGCUUUGUUGGGCCCGAAGGAAAAGAAAAAGGAUUCAGAUACCACCCUCAAGUGGAGAAAUUCGCCAUCAGCUCUAAAAUUAGUGUGGACUUUUCACAAUUUUCUUUGAUAGUUUUAUUUACCAUUAAUGGCGUUUUUCUUCUCUGAGACUGAUUGGGACUGAGUGAAAGCGCUCAUAUUGUAUAUUUUCCAGUGUAUGGGGUCAGGGGGGCAGUUUACAUAUGUAAAGUUUGUAUGUAUGUAAGAUUCAUAAGGUUGACAAUAAAUAAACUGUUAUAAAUUA